GUUGUGCUGGUAGCAGGCGUCUUCUUUUCGCAGAUGUAAAUAACGUAUGUACUCCAUACGUACAGUUACAAACUACUACUAUGGAGAGCCCGGAAGUAACGUUCACGCUGGCUUACAUUGGGUUCGCGUGUUGCUUCGUGUUUACGCCGAACGAGUUCCGGUCGGCAGGUUUGACUGUCCAGAACCUGUUUUCCUCCUACUUAGGAAGCGAAGCCGUCGGCUUCAUCCGGUACCACACGAGAAGGACCAGUAUCACCGUUGUGAUCCACGCUGCUCUGCCCCUAGGUUACUACUCUGGAAUGUGUAUUGCUGCUCCUGAAAAGAAGCUAGCAUAUAUCAACCAGGUGAGUGACAGCUGGCGAGCCUUCCUGCUUCUCUCCGUGUGCCUCCAGCUGGCAAGCUGGGUGCUGGUUAUCUACUGGUCCUGCCGCCGCUGGGCCAACCAUCCCAUAUCCCGGGCCCUGCAGGCCCAUGCUGUGCCACCCCAGUCCGGCUGGGGCGCUGUGGCCGUCAGCAUCAACACAGAGUUCAGACGCAUAGAUAAGUUUGCUACAGGGCCCCCUGGAGCCAGAGUUAUUAUUACAGACACCUGGAUAUUAAAGGUCACUACCUAUCAUGUCCAUGUGGCAUUACAGAGCGACAGCCAUCUGACAGUGACUGAAUCCAGACAGCACCAGUUGAGCCCAGACUCCAGCACGCCCACACAGAUGCUGACUAUAAAACUGGCCAGUAUCAACCCUGCUGUUAAAGCAUUUGACAUCAGGCUGAACUCUGCAGAAUAUGUGGAGCUGAGAGACAAGUUGCAUGCCCCCAUCAGAAAUGCUGCCAAUGUUGUGAUACACCAAACUAUCAGUGACCUGUUCCUGGAAACGUUCAAGUCUCAGGUGGAACUCAACCAGCCGUAUACGCUCCCCAGUGGACAGGAGCUGGAGCCCUGCUGUGGCUGUAUGCAGGUUCCAGCAGGCACCAAGCUGGUCAGACUCUGCCGGGAGAAUGGUGAUGACAGUGAUUCAGAGUGCCAGCAGUGUUUCUGCAGACCGAUGUGGUGUCUAUCUUGUCUGGGUCGAUGGUUUGCCAGUCGCCAGGACCAGCAGAGACCUGAGACCUGGUUGGCCAGCAGAGUACCCUGCCCAACCUGUAGAGCCAAAUUCUGUAUACUGGAUGUGUGUCUGUUGCACUGACCACACACAGCAGUGGUCAUCCUGCUGUUAAAUAACUGUGGUUGGCUACACCACCCAGAGUUUCAGUAAUUGCAGGGGAGGUGAUUUUAGAACAAUAAAGCCAAAAUACUAUUUGAGAAGCUUUUGUGGCAAACGAAAGAAAUUGGGGAGAAACACUGUUUUACGCAAACAAACUCAGAAACAAGUGUGCAUACAGAGUGCCGGACAAAAAAUAAAUACAAAUUGCUUAUCCCUUACAAUGAAAUGUCAGUUUGUCCAUCAGUGUCCAUCAUACUGUAAUGAUUUGAGUGCCUUCUAACAAAAUUGGUCUUAAUUGGAGUGUUCGACUUGUCCUUGUCCACUCUGAUAAACAUGAAAGGUUAACAGAGACAAUCUAAAUCUGCUUCAAGAUCCAAAUAAACGGAACUGUAUUUGUUCCCUGAAACAGAUUCAGAAAUUGUGGAUGACUCCGUUUCCCUCCUUAUGUGCCUUUUUGUCACUUUGACUCGGUUUCUGCUCCACCAGUCAUGAAUUGUAUUUCACUUACCUGUUGAAUGAGCUUUUUUCAGUUAGAUCUUCUCAGUGCUUAAGCCUUUAUUUGUUAUCAGAUAGUUUUGUGUUCUGGUGUGUUACUGUGUGCAGGUAUGAGGUGUCUUUACCUGGCUUCAGUGAAGAGUUUAUCUGCUAGCUAAAUGACAAAAUAUUGUAAUUAAAAUAUCGUGUCACAUGAGCUCAGCUGGAGAUGGUGGCAUUGAAUUCUUCGUGGUGGUUCUCAAACAGAAUUUUCUGUGAAAUGACUUGUAUAACAGAGCUCUGAUCUUCCUCUAUGAAGUUUUUUUUUUGUCAUUUUUUUCUGUUGAGUAUGUCUACUAUACAACUCCUGCAAGAUAGUUUGUUCCAUGGACAUGUAAUUAGAUGUUUUCAUGCAGAAGUCUUGAGUCACUGAGCAACUGAAUAUUAUCGCCGCGUGUUAUUUUUUCAACGUGGUUUAAUGUCGAGGUUAAUAAAGACUUUACAUCA